CACACACACACACACACACACACACACAUGCUCCGCAAAGCUGUUCUCAGGCUGAGAAAAAAGAGGGGAGCGAAGGAGAGGACUGCUCGCUCGCUGAUUUUCAGUGUUUCCAUCUCACCGUCUCUCUCUCUCUCUCUCAUCCUGCUGAUCUCAUUGUUGUCCCAGGUGGUGACAGACAGAAAAAACAGAGACACUGAGUGAGGCCAAAGAGGGACAGAGGGGUUUAUCAAACCCUGGAGAGCAGGGAGGUUUCAGAUCCUGCGACUCGUUCCCCAUAGAAGACACACUGAUACUGGUGGAGGUACCGGGCCUUAGCUCCCAGGACCAACCUCCAAGAUGUCCCGGAGGAGGUCUACAGGGGACCUGGUACCCAGGGACGUCACUGAGAUCUUAGCUCGGGAGGCGAGGGUUCAGCGGGGGCAGAAGAAGCCGGGGAGCACCCUGGGACAGGCCUUUAGCUGGUUGAAGGGGAGCCGGAGGAAGAAGAGCCUCGGUAAUGGGCUGAACAGAAUUGGCAUCGGUGUGACGGACGCCAAACUGGGACUUCAGAAUCAUGACCCUGCAAAAGCUGGCCCGAAAGGGAAUGAAGAGCAGAAGAGGUUGACCGUCCACUACAGGACCUCCCAGCACUACCAGGAAAAUGUGUUCAUUGAGGGCAGCAGGCCACAGUACCUGGAGGACCUGCACACUGAGGCCCAGGAAGGGCUCAAGAUACUACAGCAGGAAGAACACACGAAUGGAGUCAACUUACUCGACGAUGAGAGCGUUGCUUCCACAGACACUCUGCGUAAGGAGCGGGAUAUCAGCUCCAAGGACAGAGGUGGCUCUCCGGAGUCGAGAUCCAGCGCCGGGAGUACUGAUACCACAGUAACCUCUGCUGUGUCGACGCGGCCUGUGCUCACCCGCCAAGGUUCAACAUUCAAGCCUCUGAAUCCAGUGAAACGAUUAGAUAAGAGCAGGAAGAGGAACAGGAGGACCACCAUCAUGGGCAUACCCAACCAGGUCCAGAAAGAGCUCGCAUUGCACAGAAGCUUCCAGCAGCUUGCUUCUACCCAUAAUCACGACGGAAAGCUCAGUAACAGCCAAUCAGGUGUCGUUAUCAUUCCUACGGUUGAUGGAGGGACUCCAGUAGCGAAUAAGGAGGGAGCCAGGGUUCAUCUUUCAGAGCUGGAGGCAUCCAGAGAUGAACAGCUGCUGAGGAAGCACCUCCAGGCAAUGUACCAAGAUGAGCAGCCCAUCAACCACCAGGGCUUUGGCUCCUAUCUCUGCCCCACCUCAAACCUGAGACCCAAGUCCCUUGCAGUACCUGGCCUGACCACUUCCUCCUCCUUCUGUCCUUCAACAAUGUUAAGCUUCCUCCAGGAACCUCACGGCCCAGUGAUGUCCAUAUCUCCUCAGGCCACCUACUUGUCAACGAUCAUCCCCAAUGCGAUCUUGCCAUCCUCUAUUGAAGUCAUAGAGAUCGACUGCAGCAGCAGCCGGACGCGUGGCAGCAGUGUACACCAUGGCAUUAGUGUCCGCACCGUAAGCAAAAGCAGCCUGGCGUCCGGGGACUUGUCCAUCAGCCCUUCGAUGUCCAGAAGAUCAGAUGGUGAUGGUUCCCAAACUGACAGUUUUCAAAACGACUCCACACUGAUGUCCACAUCAGCUUCGGGGUCCUACUGGAGCGAAUCACAGUCAUCAAAGACUAUAUGUUCAAACUCCUCGCCCGUAUCCUCUAAGGGUAGCCCGCGUAGUGGUAACUCACUGAGAGCGGGUCUGAAUGGCCGGGAAAGCCAGACAGAGCAGUCUAAUGGGGACCAAGACCUUGUCAGUCUCCGUAGCUCAGUAAGCAUGAUUAGCAGCUCCAGAAGUAAAAGAGAAAUUAUUGUUACAGGUCAAGGGUCUGAGUCUGAUGUUUCAGGGUCAGUGAUUGCUGGGGAUGAUGCAAAGACCAGUCAGAAAUUCACUCGCAAUCUGUCGGUUAUGAAGACCAAGCAACCCCCGCCACCUCCACGGAGAACAAACUCUCUGCAUAGUAAUAAGAUAAGGAGCAACUCCAGGGUUCUGGUGGAGCUCAAUGACUCCGUGUCUGGAGAUGGUGCAAAUGCCAAAGAAAAUAUUGUAGCAAAGGAUGAGAUAAAAUCAGUUAUUGCCUGUAAGCUCCCUGUAUCAAGCUCUACUAGGUCCAGCUGUCUAGAUGCUUCCACCAGCCCCACAGAGGCCUCUUCCACUGAGGCAGGAGGAGCAACAGAGCCAGAAUCCAGCAGCUACUCCCCACAGAAAACUCCCUCAGAAGGGGGAAAAUUUGAACGGACCAUGUCUCCUUCCAGUGGCUACUCCAGUCAGAGUGGCACUCCAACACUGUCCCAAAAAGGGAUCUCCCCAACCUCCCCUGACAAACAGAAAAAGAAACCUGUCAAACCUGAGCGAUCAGUGUCUCGGGCCUCAUCCUCAGCAGCCUCUCCUUCCUCCUCACUUACCUCUCUAUCGUCAGGUACAUCUGAGCUUGUCAAUACAGAUGUUUCCCGAUGUAGCCCCAGCCUUCCUCCACAGGGAUCUCUACCUGUUGCAGCAAAAGAACUCAAUCUGAAUAACAUUUCUUCGACUUUGGCAGUUGAAGUCAGAGAGCUGUUGAACAUCCCGCCACCCCCCAAAGUCAAAGCGCCAUGUCCUCCUCCUCCGGAGACAUGGGUUCACAACAGACGCACCUUUCAGCUCCUGUGUGGGCCGUGCCCCAGCACAGUAACCCAGAACCCAGCGCAGAUACAAAACAGCACAGUUAAACAAGCAGGAACCCAGACUGAAACCAUCAACGAGAUCCACGUUUUAAUUGAACAAUCAACUAUAGACAAAUCUGUCAUAGAAAGCAAAGUAAAGCCGGAGACUUUGUUAGAAACAAGUCCUGAAGGUGUUGACAAGGAGAUGGAGAAUAGGGAAUGUCCAAGUAACGAACAAGAGAGGAUGGAAGCAAGUGCAGACGUUCAGAAACAAGAGCAGAGUAGUAGCUCUGUGGUAAAAGACCGCGAAAGUCCAAAGAAAGAUCCUCCUCCUGUCUUGAAGAAACCCGUGACAGUACAGCACAGAGAGGAAGUGGUGUCAGUGGAUAGACAGCAACAGAAAGUGAGCAGCAGUACUACAGAAGUUCAUUUACCAAUUGAGAACCACACAACCUCGUCACAGCAUGGGGUUAUAAUUGUAGUUGAUAAGAGCGAUAAUGAGAUGGACCAAAGUGAGGUUGCAUCCAUGCAGCCGCUUUCCGUAGAGGUCCCCAAAAUUAGUAAGGCCUCACCACCACCUACCCCUCCCCCGGCAUACCACCCUACACCUCCUCCCUCAAGAAAGACGCCUCCUUCAUCAGUGUCUACGCCACCAGAUGAGUUACAGAGGGUGCAGGAGGAGAUCCACGUUGUAGAGUCUUUCUGGCCACCUCCUCCGCCUCCUAUGGAAGGGGAUUCGGUCUUUGAUGGAGGAGAUGAGGUUGACUUUCCUCCACCUCCUCCACCCUUUGUGACAGACAGUGUGCCAAAUGUGAUGGACAGUUGUAUCACAGAGCUGGAUGUCCCAAAUAGACCCACAGAAGAAGUUGGAGAGAAAAGUGAGGACUCAAGUAAAGCUGUAACAUCUGUAGAUGGACAAAUUCCAGAUGUUUCCAAUGCUGUUCCACAAACAGUAACUGACACAGAACCAGAGGUUAUUGUGCAAGUUUCAAAAGUUAACACCGCUGAUGAGAUUUCUUGCAAACCAAUGCAGAAUUUUGCAUCUGUUUCAGACCCUCCUCCACCAGUGGAGGCAGCCCCUUUUGCACCCAUUACAAUAGCAGAGCACCCGGUAUCAGUCUCUGCUUUGGUUCCUCCCAGCAGUUUCCUGAAGCGAGACUCUCUGAAAAUUAAAGAUCUGUCUUCUUCUGAGCCUCCCGUCAGCACCCAACCUCCAGUUACUGUCCCAGUGGCACCACCUUUAACAGCAGAGAGUUUAACCCAUGGGAUUAAUUUCAGAAGGCAGCCCAGUGUACCAAACAAAAACUCCAGGAGCAAGGAUCUCCUCUCCCGCCACAAAAGUGCGCCCAUUCCCAAAGAGGACGCUAACAUACCUCUAGUGACCCCCUCCCUGCUUCAGAUGGUUCGUCUCAGAUCAGUCAACAUGACGGAAGAUCAGGUGAAAGCUCCGUCGGAGGACAAAACAACAAACCAGGGAGCUUCAGUUCAGGAGAAUUGCCCAGUCUCAAUCCCAGGUGCUCAGAACAUUCCACAGAAGCCCAUCCGCAAGUCUCUGUCACUAAAGUCUCCUCCUCAGACAGUAAAGACAUCCUCUGUGACACUGAACACCCCUUCCAUGCGCUUACAGGAAGCCAUACGUAUGAAAACGGCAGCCAUGUCUUCAAGGGACGGUCUUCCAUCCCGACUGGGCGUGAGAUCCACUUACAGCUCUCUCGGGGAACAAGGGCCUCUGUCCCUGAAAUUAGCCGAGGGAUGCGACAUGCUCAAGUCCCCAGCCUCUACGGCCAGCUUUAUCUUCUCGAGGAGCACAAAAAAGGUUGUGAUAGAGGCCCCAGCUGCCUCCACCCCUGAAGCUCAGGUGAUUUUGAAGCAGAGCUUGGCGGUCGAGCUCAUGCAGGUGUCUGACCAAUUGAAGGCCACCGCUUAUACCAAUGGCGGGGUGAAGUUGGACAAAGUUCCUCCACCAGUAGCGAAGAAACCAGCCCACGGGAGCAUCAGUCCUUCACAUAAUCCACCCUCCUGUUCAGCAAAGAUGGACGUCAGUGUUGAAGGAAACGGAGCGAUAGGAGGAGCUCAACAUAUCAGUGGAACAUCACCUCCGGAGACUACAACUACACGAGUGACAGCGGACACAAUUGAAACACUGUUUUGAAAGAUGCCAGAGGAACAAAAAAAAACUACAAGCAAGUAAAAGGAAAACUCACAGCAAGGACUGAUAUCACUGAGAGACGGGGAACUCCACUAUCAGAGUUGGGUGUGUUAAGUCUAAAAAGCCUUAGCCUGUAAUGGCCUUCCUACAUGUUUAUGCAAAAACAAAUGUGUCGCUCCCAAUUUCAUAUGAAAGCUUUAUUCUGGAGUAUUUUUCUAAGCUAUAGUUUAUCUCUUCUUAAGGCCCCUCAGGGUGAAAUGGUGUACAUUGGCUGAACUGUAAAUAUUUGGCUUGUGUGAGCUCGCAUCCCAGAGGUAGAAUUAGGUAGUGGUCACUGCAGCUCAGAGAAAAGGAUUUGCAAAGCAUUUCUGUACAGAGGUUUACUGUCUCUUACGUCUUUUUUUGCCUGUUGUAAUAUAAUACAUAAUUAAGAAGUUGUCAGAAGAAGCUGACGACGGCAUCCGCUGGAGGACAAAUGGACAUUUUUAAUCACCAAGACUGGAAAGUAAAAACAAAUCGUCACACACACAUUUAUCGUGGAUAGAUAUUUUUGGAAUAGUAUUUGAGAAAAAGGGAUGCUGCGUAUUAUUUUGUCAAUUAGGCAAAGAGGCACUUUUGUAAAGCUUCAGAUUAUAGACCAUUAACACAGAAACGCAUCUGAUUACAGCAGCUUCUAAAAUGUCAAUUUAGACGCUUCUACACAAUCUGCACAAUCUCUUCUUGGGUUUUAGUUAAACACAUUCUGUGAAAUCUUUUAGGUCAACAGUAACACAAGCAUCCUAUUUAUUUAUGUGUGGUUGUUUCCACUUGUAGCACUGUCAGUCACCUUUUUCCUACCAAAUAUUAAAUAUUUAAGAAUCUAUUUCAUCUGACAAACCACUCUUAGGGCUACGGAUGAUUGAUACACUGGAGUAGACUUGGUGUUUUUAUUACAUGUUCUGUGUCUAAAGCUUUGGCCCGAGGCUUUUUAUGGUGGACAAAUCCAGCUCAUCACUAUUUGCACAAAAUGCUUUCUCCCAGCAAAAUCAUUGGUGAGUGAAUUAUACUGAAAAAAAUCAACGUCUUGAUGAUUAUAAAGAAUUAUGUACAGUUAUUACUUCUAUAAAUAAAAUUUAAGUGUAUUAAAACAUA